CGUUGUAGAUAUUCCUUUUCCGUCGUUUACGCUCAUUCAUUUCGCAUCGUGUUUUUGUUUUUUUGCUGAAAAAAAUCUUUGAAUUUUACGAUGCCACCCGUACAAAAAAAGAAUCCAUCGGCUUCUGGUGCUUCUGGAGCAUCAAAAUCAACAGCAUCGAAACUAGCAUCGGCUAAAACAGCUCCAGCUAAAGCUGCUGCUGCAAAAGCUCCAGCUCAACAACAAACAAAAAAACCGAAAACAUCAGCGGCUGGAAAAUCGGCUGGUGGUAAACCUGCAACCCGACAAGUGGCCAAAGUUAAAGCAUUGGAUGCCCAGAAUAAAGUGAAAAAAGGUACCUAUCAAAAACGAACGAAAAAAAUCCGAACAACAGCAACAUUUCGUCGGCCGAAAACCAAAAUUUUGCCUCGUAAUCCAAAAUUUCAACGUUAUAGUGCACCGAAAUUAACAUCAUUCGAUAAAUUUUCCAUCAUCAAAUAUCCAUUGACAACUGAAUCGGCAAUGAAAAAAAUCGAAGACAAUAAUACAUUGGUUUUUAUUGUUAAUCUUAAAUCGAAUAAACGACAAAUCAAAACAGCAUUCAAAUCAUUAUUCGAUAUUGAUGUUGCUAAAGUUAAUACAUUGAUUCGACCAGAUGGACAGAAAAAAGCCUAUGUAAAAUUGGCACCUGAUUAUGAUGCAUUGGAUGUUGCUAAUAAAAUUGGUAUCAUAUAAACA